AUGGGGGUGGUCACACUCCAAAACCUGGGAAUUAAUCCAGCCAACGUUAGAUUCAGCACGCUGACCAUGGAAUCUGACAAGUUCAUAUGUGUCUGAGAGAAAGUUGGUGAGCAGGCUCAGGUAGUGAUGAUUGACAUGAGUGACCCAGCGGUACCAAUCAGAUGGCCUAUCUCUGCAGAAAGUGCCAUCAUGAAUCCAGCCUCUAAGGUGAUAGCUCUGAAAGCUGGGAAGACGCUCCAAAUAUUUAAUAUUGAGAUAAAGAGUAAAAUAAAGUCUCAUACAAUGACAGAAGAGGUGAUCUUCUGGAAAUGGGUCUCCGUGAACACUGUUGCCCUGGUGACCGAAACCACAGUCUACCACUGGAGCAUGGAAGGCGACUCCCAGCCCGUGAAGAUGUUUGAGAGACAUGCCAGUCUGGCAGGGUACCACAUCAUCCACUACCGGGCUGACCGCUACCAGAAGUGGCUGCUCCUUGUUGGCAUCUCAGCUCAGCAAAACCGUGUGAUUGGGGCAAUGCAGCUCUACUCUGCGAACAGGAAGGUCUCCCAAACCAUAGAAGGCCACGCCGCUGCUUUUGCAGAGUUCCAGAGCGAGGGGAAUGCCAAGCCUGCCACCCUUUUCUGCUUCGCUGUACGCAGUCCUGCAGGGGGCAAGUUGCACAUAGUUGAAGUUGGACAGCCUGCAACAGGAAACCGGCCUUUUGUAAAGAAGGCUGUGGGCGUGUUUUUCCCUCCCGAGGCUCAGACUGAUUUCCCCGUGGCUGUGCAGGUUGGAGCUAAACAUGGUGUUAUUUACUUGAUCACAAAGUAUGGCUGUCUUCAUAUGUAUGACCUGGAGUCUGGCGUGUGCAUCUAUAUGAACCGUAUUAGUGCUGACACGAUCUUUGUAACUGCCCCACAUGAACCUACCUCUGGAAUUAUCGCUGUCAACAAAAAGGGGCAGGUGCUGUCAGUUUGUGUUGAGGAAGAUAACAUUGUGAAUUAUGCAACCAGCGUGCUUCAGAAUCCAGACCUUGGUCUGCGUUUGGCCAUCCGUAGUAACCUGGCUGGGGCAGAAGAGUUACUUGUGAGGAAGUUCCAUGGCUUCUUUGCACAGGGGAGCUAUGCUGAAGCCGCCAAAGUGGCAGCGACUGCACCAAAGGGCACCCUGCGCACCAGUGACACAGUUCGGAAAUUCCAAAGUAUUCCCAGCCCCCCUGGGCAGGCUUCUCCUUUGCUCCAGUACUUCGGAAUCUUACUUGACCAGGGUCAACUCAAUAAACUUGAAUCCCUAGAACUUUGCUGACUGGUUCUUUAGCAGGGACGCAAGCAGCUCUUAGAAAAGUGGCUGAAAGAAGAUAAGCUGGAGUGUUCAGAAGAACUUGGAGAUUUGAUCAAAACCACUGACCCUACACUCGCUCUGAGUGUGUACCUUCGGGCAAAUGUGCCAAGCAAAGUUAUCCAGUGUUUUGCAGAAACAGGCCAAUUCCAGAAAAUUGUGCUGUAUGCCAAAAAGAUCAUGGACAUUUUCAUGGAAAACAGUUUAAUUCAGCAGUGUACUUCCUUCUCGUUGGAUGCCUUGAAAAAUAGCCGCCCAGCCGAGGGGCACCCCCAGACUCGCCUGUUGGAGAUGAACCUGAUUCACGCACCCCAGGUCGCAGAUGCCAUCCUGGGAAGCCAGAUGUUCACUCAUUACGACCGGGCGCACAUAGCUCAGCUCUGUGAGAAGGAGGGCCUGCUGCAGCGGGCUCUGGAGCACUACAGCGACCUUUACGACAUCAAGAGGGCUGUGAUCCACACUCACCUCCUCAAUCAUGAGUGGCUCGUCGGCUUCCUUGGCUCCUUGUUGGUAGAUGAUUCUUUGGCGUGUCUGCACACUCUGCUGUCUGCCAGCAUCAGACAGAACCUUCGGCUGUGUGUGCAGGUGGCCUGCAAGUACCAUGAGCAGCUGGGCAUGCAGUCCCUGGUGCAGCUCUUCGAGUCCUUCAGGAGUGAUGAAGGCCUCUUCUACUUCCUGGUCUCAAUUGUAAACUUUAGCCAAGAUCCAGACGUGCACUUGAAAUACAUUCAGGCUGCCUGUAAGAUAGGGCGGAUCAAGGAAGUCGAGAGGGUAUGCCGGGGGAGUGAUCGCUGUGACCCAGAGCAGGCGAAGGACUUCCUGAAGGAGGCCAGGCUCACAGACCAGCUUCCCCCCAUCAUUGUGUGUGAUCGGUUUGACUUUGUCCAUGAUCUCGUCCUGUACUUAUACCACAACAGUCUGCAGAAGUACAUCGAGAUCUACGUUCAGAAGGUCAACCCUAGUCGGAUCCCAGCUGUGGUUGGAGGGCUGCUUGACGUGGAUUGUUCUGAGGAAGUAAUCAGAAACCUGAUCAUGGGGGUGAGAGGACACUUCUCUACCGAGGAGCUGGUGGCUGAAGCAGAAAAAAGGAACAGGCUGAAGCUGCUGCUUCCCUGGCUGGAGUCCCGGAGUCGCGAAGGCUGUGAAGAGCCUGCCAUGCACAACGCCCUCGCCAGGAUCUACAUGGACAGUUGCAGCAGCCCAGAGCACUUCCUGAGAGAGAACCCCUACUACGACAGCCGCGUGGUGGGCCGCCUGCGAGAGGCGGGCGUGGUGGGCCACUGCUGCGAGAGGCGGGACCCCCGUCUGGCCUGCGCUGCCUAUGAGCAGGGGCAGUGUGACCUUGAGCUCAUCAAGGUUUGCAAUGAGAAUUCUAUGUUCAAAACUGAGGCCCGCUACCUGGUGCACAGGAAGGAUCCGGAGCUCUGGGCCCAUGUCCUCGAAGAGACCAACCCCUGCAGGAGACAGCUGAUUGACCAGGUGGUACAAACGGCAUUGGCAGAAACACAGGAUCCUGAAGAGAUCUCAGUCACUGUCAAGGCCUUCAUGACAGCUGACCUGCCCAACGAACUAAUUGAGCUGCUAGAGAAGAUUAUUCUGGAUAGCUCUGUCUUCAGCGAGCACAGGAAUCUCCAGAAUCUGCUGAUCCUGACUGCCAUGAAGGUGGACCACCGGGUCAUGGAGUACAUCAGCCGCCUGGACAACUGUGAUGCCCCAGACACUGCAGACAUCGCCAUCACCAAUGCACUGUAUGAGGAGGCUUUCACCAUCUUCUGCAAGUUCGCUGUAAACGCCUCAGCAGUCCAGGUCCUGAUUGAGCACAUUGUAAACCUAGACCGAGCGUACGAGUUUGCAGAGAGGUGCGGUGAGCCUGCUGUGUGGAGCCAGCUGGCCUACGCCCAGCUCCAGAAAGACCUGGUGAAGGAAGCCAUCGACUCCUACGUUAGGGCUGACGACGCUUCCUCUUACCUGGAGGUUGUUCAGGCAGCCAGCGGAAGCAACAAUUGGGAGGAUCUGAUUAAAUUCCUGCAGAUGGCCAGAAAAAAGGGCCAUGAAUUCUAUGUAGAGACUGAACUUAUUUUUGCCUUUGCUAAAACUAGCCGUCUGUGUGAGCUGGAAGAUUGUAUUAAUGGACCCAACAGUGCCCACAUCCAGCAGGUUGGAGACCGCUGUUACGAGGAGGGGAUGUACGGGGCCGCCAAGCUGCUGUUCAGCAGUGUCUCUAACUUUGCCUGCCUGGCUUCCACCCUGGUCCACCUCAGGGAGUACCAGGCCGCUGUGGACAGCAGCCAGAAGGCUGACAGCACGCGCACGUGGAAGGAGGUGUGCUUGGCCUGCGUGGAUGGGCAGGAGUUCUUCCUGGCACAGCUGUGUGGUCUUCACAUUGUUAUUCACGCAGAUGAGCUGCAGGAGCUGAUCAGCUAUUACCAGGAUCGAGGCUACUUUGAGGAGCUGAUCUCCCUGCUGGAAGCAGCCCUGGGCCUGGCCCACGUGGGCAUGUUCACGGAGCUGGCUGUCCUCUCCUCCAGAUUCAAGCCUCAGAAGAUGUCCGAGCACCUGGAGCUCUUCUGGUCUCGUCUCAACAUCCCAAAGGUGCUGAGAGCCGCAGAGCAGGCGCACCUGUGGGCGGAGCUGGUGUUCCUCCAGGACAAGUACGAGGAGUACGACAGUGCCCUCCUUACCGUGAUCAGUCACCCCACUGAUGCCUGGAGGGAAGGGCAGUUCAAGGACGUCGUUGCCGAGGUCGCCAAUGUGGAGCUCUACUGCAAAGCCCUGCAGUUCUAUUUGGAUUACAAACCGCUGCUCAUCAGUGACCUGCUGCUCGUGCUGGCACCCCGGCUGGACCACAGCCGGACCAUCAGCUUCUUCUCAGGGGCAGGUCAGUUGCCCCUAGUGAAGCCUUAUCUGCGGUCAGUCCAGAGCCACAACAACAAGAGUGUGAACGAGGCUCUCAACCACCUGCUGACAGAAGAGGAAGGCUACCAGGGUUUGAGAGCAUCUGUCGAUGCCUACAACAACUUUGACAACAUCGCCCUGGCGCAGAGGUUGGAGAAGCACCAACUGAUCGAGUUCCGGCGCAUUGCCGCUUACCUCUACGAGGGCAGUGGCCGGUGGGCCCAGAGCGUGGAGCUGUGCAAGAAGGACCGGCUCCACAGGGAUGCCAUGCGGCUUGCUGCGGCGUCCCGGGACGCUGCGCUGGCUGAGAGGCUGCUGCGGUGGUUCCUGGAGGAGGGCAAGCAGGAGUGCUUCGCAGCCUCUCUCCUCGCCUGCUACGACCUGCUUUCCCCGGAGCUGGUGCUUGAGCUGGCCUGGAGACACGGCCUUGUGGGCCUGGCCAUGCCCUACUUCAUCCAGGUGAUGAAGGAGGACCUGAGCAAGGUGGACAGACUGGAUGCCUCAGAGAGUCUGCGCAAACAGGAGGAGCAUGUGGUGGAAGCCGCCCCUCUCCUGUUUGGUCAGCAGCUGAUGCUGACAGCAGGCCCAGGCCUAGCCCCUGCCCCUACUGGCUUCCCCUAUGGAUAUGAAGCUGCUCCUGCCUUCACCCAGCCUCCUGUGUCCGGCUUCAGCGUGUAGUGGGUGCUCAGUGGCAACACCCCCUCUACUGGGUUAUUACCCUCCUCAGGGGGCGUGUCAGCCCAGAAGCACAGAGGACCCUGAUGGCAGGCAGGGACACCUGCACAUUAUUUUUGCCGAGGCCCAGUGAUGGCAGCCUCUGAGCCAGCCCUGAGCCUGAGGCCAGGGUAGCCACUGACUGGGAGAAGACUGGCUCCAGCCCUCACGCAGGGAAGUUGACUCGGAGCCAGACAUUCCUGGGGAGUUCUUGUCUGCAACAUUCCCUGGUCCUGUGGGGGAAGGGCACCCUCUCCACAUUCUGCACCGGUGGAGCCGCCCCCUCCAGGCUACUUGCAGACACAGCUGAACAGACCUUAUAACCUGGCUCAGAGCCUCCCGCCGAUCAUGAAUAUUAAAGGUGGUUGAUCAAGGCAAAGUUUCCCUGCUUGGUGCUGGUGUGCGAAGGAGGGGACGUAGGAUUUUCCAGGACCUCUUGCGGGGCGGGGAACCUGCGGCUGCCUUCGGGUUCUU